UUCCUCUCGCCGUGUGUUCCCGCGCAGUUCUGGUCUUCAGGGCUGACUGUGAGAGGAGAGGAGUUCGUCACGCUGCCCCGCCUACAUCCUGACAGCCAAUGUUUGCCACGCUCCGCGGGCCGGAUUAUAAGAGUCCUGACUUUUGGGGUGGCCGCCCGAGAGGAGGGAGGGGAGCGGGCGCCCGGCACACAGAAGAGCUGCAUUAACCUCCCUGGCGAGCCGCGGCUUGCCGACCACUGAGCUACGGCAACCCUAUUGCCUGUCACCUGGUGGGCAGUGUGCUCCGGAGCCGCAGCAAAGGUGAAAAAAUAAGAGCCGCAUGCGG